CUUUGCAGUCUGCCAGGAAGUUUACUUAAAUAAACUCCAAGCAUUUCUUAAAAUCGAUUAUGGAGGAUGUUGUUGAAAAAGUACCAGUUCCCCGUCGCUUUGCCAAUUAUCAUCCAAGCGUUUGGGGAGAUCAUUUUCUUGCGUAUGCUUCUCAGCAUAAGGAAAAAUUCUUCGAAGGAGGGGGAGAGCUUCAACGGCUAAGAGAAGAGGUUAGAGAGAUGUUAACUGAAACUCCUGACGAGUUUCCUGGAAAGCUAGACAUGAUAGACACCAUUCAGCGUCUUGGGGUGUCGUACCAUUUUGAGAGUGAAAUCGAGGCAUCAUUGCAAAAGAUUUUCGAUGCCUACCAUGAGUUGAAUCACAAAGAUGGCAAUGACCUCUACACUAUUGCUCUUCGUUUCCGAUUACUCAGACAAAAAGGUUUUCAUGCCUCUUGUGACGUGUUCAACAAAUUCAAGAACCCGAAAGGAGAUUUUAAGGAAUCUCUGGCGAACGAUAUGCGAGGAAUGUUGAGCUUGUACGAAGCAGCAAACUUUGGAGUGCACGGGGAGAAGGUUUUGGACGAAGCGCUGAAAUUUACUUCUGAUAACCUUGAAUCCUUGGUUCCAAACUUGAGCAAUUUUCUUGCUGCACAAGUUGUUCAAGCUCUUAAGCUGCCGAUCCAGAAAACUUUGACAAGGCUGGGAGCAAGGCAGUACAUAUCUCUCUACCAACAACAUGAAUCACAUGAUAAAUUGUUGCUAAAAUUUGCAAAAUUGGAUUUUAACAAAUUGCAGAAGUUGCAUCAGAAGGAACUAAGCGGACUAACAAAAUGGUGGAAAGGCAUAGAUGUUGCAACGAACUUACCAUUUGCAAGGGACCGAUUGGUGGAGUGCUACUUUUGGAUAUGGGGAGUGUAUUUUGAGCCCAAAUAUUGCUUCGCUAGAGAAGUGCUAACAAAAGUAAUCUCCAUCACUUCCAUCAUUGACGACAUUUAUGAUGUCUAUGCCACUCUGGAUGAAUUAAUCAUUUUCACAGAUGCGAUAGAACGGUGGCACAGCAAUGAAUUGGAUCGAUUACCAUCUUAUAUGAGACACUGUUACCGUGCCUUGCUGGAUGUUUACAAAGAAUUCGAGGAAAAAUUGGCCAAGGAAGGCAAACCAGAUAGAGUCAAUUAUUCAAAAUUAGAGAUGAAAAAGUUAGUGAAGGGAUAUCUUCAAGAGGCCAUAUGGCUUCACAAUGGCUACGUCCCAAAAGUUGAGGAGCACAUGAAGGUUGCACUUGUCACAGGAGCAUACAUGAUGCUAGCAACAACUUCCAUGGUUGGAAUGGGAGAUUCUUUGACUACACAAACUUUUGAUUGGGUAACAAACGAACCAUUAAUCGUUAGAGCUGCAUCAAUCAUUUGUAGAUUAAUGGACGACAUGGCGGGACACGAGGUUGGUAUAAAUCUGUUAUACAAUGACGAAGAUUGGUAUACACAUUCUGCCACCAAGCUCAAGGACUUGAUUACCACUGUGCUUAUAGAUCCAAUCCCAAUAUGAAAGGUUUUUUUUUUUUUAAUAAUUCUGGCUUUUGAUUGAAAAAGCAAUAUUACUUUUCUAUUAAUAAGAUGCUUGUAAGUGAAAAUCAGAAGGUGAAACUUCAACGGUUAGUUUUACUUCAUAAUGUUGUUAUCCAAGAUUAUUAAGGAAUGCUGGGAAUAGUAGUAUUAGCUAGUAAUGGUUGUUAUGCACUAGCAAGCAUCUAUCUCUUACCAUUUUCUUUUGUCUGUAUGGUUUAAUAAUUAAUAGCGGAUGAAGUAAAUGCCUUUCCAUGUGGAGCACCAUUUC